GUCGAAUAAAAUAUUACUCGGUGGAUUGAUAAUUGUUGGAUUGUUCAUGACAAUUUCAAUGAUUCCAUCAAAAUCGACCUCUUGUGAAUCACGAUCUUUUGAUGGUUUAUGUUGCCAAGGUGACCCCGAAAAAGUUUGUAAAAAAUCAAAAAGAGUUUGCAGUUGUGAUCAAUUUUGUUUGGAUGGUGAUGAAUUACGUUCAGAUUGUUGUCCAGAUUACAGAGAGUGGUGUAGACCAAAAAAAAAUGUUGAUCCAUCUUGUUCUGUACUUAGUAACAAUGGAACUUGUUGUCAAGGUAAAAAUGUAAGAUGUAUGCUUUAUAAUGUAGAAAGAACUAAAAAGUGUUAUUGUGAUGAUAAUUGUACUCGUGAAAAUGAUUGCUGCAAAGAUUAUCAAGCUUAUUGUCAAACACCUGGAGCACAAGGUUAUUUUGAUGCAGAGAAUAAUCUUGAAGUAAUUUAUCGUGAAGACUCAAAAAAUAAAACCGAUAAAAAUGCAACUAAUAAAAUUGAAAUCGAUGAAUAUAUAAUACGUGAAAUGGACCAACUUGAUAAUUAAAUUUUUUUCUUUUUAUUAUAAAUAAAAAUUCAAUAUUCCUAUACCCAGAGGUUUAUUGGUGUUGGUAAAAUUGGCUAUUAUUUGACUGUCUCUUUUCUUAGACGCCUUUUGUAUUUUUCCUUGAAGUGCAUUUUCAUUUUUCACUUCAAGGUAAAAUGCAAAAAUCAAGGGGAGAGACUAGAGAGUAGAGAGUAGAGUAGAAUACAGUGGAAUAAUAGCCGGUUUUUCAUCAGUUCUUGUUCAAAGCAGGCAAAGCAGCUUAAAGUGCAUUUAUUGUCAUCAGACAAGAGACCUCUGAUGCACCUGAAUAUCACCUUUAAUAAACCCUCAAUU